AUGGCAGAAAAUGAAGAGCGAUCAGUGAUAGAGGUCGCAAGGCCUAAUCUUGCUAAUAUGACUCAGGCUAUUGUGAAGCUUGAUAUCAGGGGUCACUUUGUGCUCAAACAGUACAUGGUGCAGCUUAUUCAGUCCAUAGGGCAGUAUGUGGAAAGGCAGAUUGGGCAGUUAGCUGCACAACAAAAUACCCGACCUAUUGGAGCACUCCCAAGUAAUACUGAGGGAAAUCUCAUUGAACAGCUUGACUUAGGAGAAGCUAGGCCUACUCUUAUAACUCUACAACUAGCAGAUCGGUCAUUAGCAGUGCCUGAAGGAAUUAUUGAAGAUGUGCUGGUGCGAGUGGAGAAGUUCAUCUUUCCCGCUGAUUUUGUUAUUCUUGACUACAUGGCCAAUGAGAAAGUCCUACUUAUUUUGGGGCAACCAUUCUUGGCCGCUGGAGGGACACUUAUUGAUGUUAGAGAGGGCAAGCUAAAGAUGAGAGUGCAUGAUGAAGAAAUCACAUUUAAUGUGUACAAGGCGCUUAUCCUUCCUAAGCAUUAUGAGGAUUUGUGCAUGAUCUCUGUGGUAGAAUCGAAGUUGAUAGAGGAAAGUCCUUAUGUGGAGCCUAGUAGCAUGGAAAAGAAAAUCAAGUUAGAAAAAGUGGUGUUGUGA